GGGCUCAAUCAACAUCCCACGAGCUUCAAAUCUGCAAAAAUUUUCAACUCCUCCCAUUUCACUCACUAUCCCUUUACCUCUGCAAACUUCCACUCUUCAAUUAUUUCUCUUUGCAUUCCAUUUGUUUCAGUGGAUCCAUUCCUAUCUUCUUUGCCUCAUGGCUCUUGAAACAUGGCUCAUAAAACUCAAAAAAACCAUAUCCAACACCCUUGAUACUGCAAGAUCUUCAAAUCAUAAAGCCAACGUUGGGGUUUUAUCCUUUGAAAUCGCUGGACUUAUGUCAAAGCUUCUACAGCUCUGGAAUUGUCUUUCAGAUAAGACCAUAAUUCGUCUUCGUGAUGAAUCUUUAUCUCUCGAAGGAGUGCACAAGAUUGUUUCUAACGAUGAGUCUUUCCUGUUAGGGUUGGCGUGUGCUGAAAUGGCUGAAAAUAUAAGGGUAGUAGCAAAAUCCAUUUCCAGGAUAAGCAAAAGGUGCCAAGACUCGGAUCUUCAAGGUUUCGAUGGGUGGUUCGAUGAGUUCGCUAACUCAGGUCAUGAUAGACAUGGCUGGGUUCUGAGUUCUAAAGAUAUGGAAGCUAAAAGAAAGAAGAUGGACAAGUACGUCACCAUUACGGCAACUUUGUAUAAAGAAAUGGAGGAGUUAUCUACAAUUGAGAACUGCUUGAGAAAGUGUAAAGAAUAUAAACCAUCUUCAAUCAAAGAACAAAAGAUUGUUGAUCUGCAAACAAAGCUUUUUUGGCAAAGACAAGAAGUUAAGUAUUUGAAAGAGAGAUGUUUAUGGAACAAAAGCUUUGACAUGGUUGUUUCCAUACUUGUGAGAUCGAUUUUCACUAUUUUAGCAAGGUUGAAGCUUGUUUUCUUCGGGUUUGAGUUUGGGUAUCCUUCUUGUUUACCACGAAGUCUCUCAGCUUCUGCAACUGUCCAUCCAACUCAAAACCCCGACACUUUUCACUUUGUAUCAGGUCCAUUGAAGACUUCUUCGAAGCCGGCGGUAAGUUUUUUCGAGUCGAACUUGAAGCUUUUAAAGCCUCCAUCAAGUACGUUAGGGGCCGCGGCUUUAGCUCUACACUAUGCGAAUUUGAUUAUCAUUAUGGAGAAGAUGAUCAAGUCACCACAAUUAGUAGGCGUUGAUGCAAGAGACGAUCUUUAUUCCAUGCUUCCUAGCAGUAUUAGAUCGUGUUUAAGGGGUAGAUUAAAAGGAAUAGGGUUGUCAUCAGCGAGUGAUCCAGUCCUUGCUGGAGAAUGGAGAACAGCUGUGAGAAGCAUAUUGGGUUGGUUAUCGCCAUUGGCACACAACAUGAUCAAAUGGCAAAGUGAAAGGAGCUUUGAGCACCAGAAUUUGUUUCCCAAAACAAAUGUUAUUCUUCUUUUCCAAACUCUUUUCUUUGCGAAUAAAGAAAAGACCGAAGCAGCUAUCACUGAGCUGCUUGUGGGGUUGAAUUAUAUUUGGAGAUUCGAAAGGGAAAUGACUGCAAAAGCCUUGUUCCACUGCACCAACUUUAAUGGCCUUUAAUUUUGUUUUCUGCAACUUCUAUACUACCAUCAUGUUUUUUUGUUUCAGAUUGAACUGAGUUUCAGAUCUGUCAAGGUUUUGUUUUCAAUUCUAAUCCCUUAUUUGUAUAUGGUAUGGCAUAGAUGUAUGUAAACGAUAUGAACUGAGUAAAAUCUCAAAGACUUGAAAUUUCAUGCA